GAGAGAGAGAGAGACAGAGCGCACCGCGAACACGGAGCAGCGCGGAGAGAAACACAAAGUGUCCCGGUGGAAGCGACGUGAAAAUAUAAAAAAAAAAAAAAGCGGAGAAAAGAAGAAAAAAAAAAAAACCAACGGCGCGCGGAGCAGGAACAGGAGCGCGUGCACUCACCGGGUCUAUCAUGGAGAGAUAGGACGGACUUGUUGACCUCGCGCGCGCGCUCGGGACGGCGGACUGAGGAUUACACGCGACGCCGCAUAUCGGAUUUAUAAUAUCUUAAGUGUUUCAUAUCCAAGUGUGUGUGUGUGUGUGUGUCUCACGAGCUUUGAUUCACGAGCUGGUUGAUCUUGAAUCAUCAAGUUGCGCGUGCGCUCAUUCUAAGGAUGCAUGUCGUUCGGUUCGGCUGCUGAGUCGUGCGCGCGCGCGCGUGUGUGUGUGUGUGUGUGUACGCGCGCGCGCGCUCGCGCGUGCACGUGCAUGCACAUUCUUCCACACGACACCCUGAGCGAGUUUCCAAGCUGACCCGUGAACACACACACACUCUCUCACACACACACACACACACACACUCCUGAGCGCAGGGUUCAAUCUCAGGAGCGUCCAGAGAAACAAACAAACAAACAAACAGUUAUAGGCCGUGGAGGGUGUGGGGAGGUUCCAGUCCCCCCCCCACCCCACCCCAGAACCGGAACCGGACACCGACACGGGUUUGCCUGGAGUUCCGCUCCACUCUGAGCCAUGUAUGAGAGCGUGGACGUGGUGGGUCUGAGCCCGAACCCCUACCUGAGUGUGGAGUUCUACCACGGCCAGCUGCAGCAGCAGAAGCGCGCGUGUCUGAUCCAGGAGAAAGGCAUGCACAGAUCAUUCGUCCCCUGGAGCUCCUCUCACUCGGUGGACACUCAGAGCUCCAGUUCGGAGGACAUCGUCCCAAGUCCUCCGUCUCCUCCUCCUCCUCCCCGCGUGUACAAACCCUGCUUCGUCUGUCAGGACAAAUCAUCGGGAUAUCACUAUGGAGUCAGCGCCUGCGAGGGCUGCAAGGGUUUUUUCCGCAGGAGCAUUCAGAAGAACAUGGUGUACACGUGCCACCGAGAGAAGAGCUGCAUCAUCAACAAGGUCACGCGCAACCGCUGUCAGUACUGUCGCCUGCAGAAGUGCCUGGAAGUCGGCAUGUCCAAAGAGUCAGUCCGAAACGACCGGAACAAGAAGAAGAAGGAGGAUAAGAAGCCGGAUUGCUCCGAGAUCUACGUCCUGAGCGCCGAUACGGAGCGGAUGAUCGAGCGAGUGAGAAAAGCUCACCAGGAAACGUUCCCGUCGCUCUGCCAGCUGGGCAAGUACACCACGAAUAACAGCGCUGAUCACAGAGUCUCUCUGGACGUGAAUCUGUGGGACAAAUUCAGCGAACUGUCCACCAAGUGCAUCAUCAAAACGGUGGAGUUCGCCAAGCAGCUGCCCGGGUUCACGACGCUCACCAUCGCGGAUCAGAUCACGCUGCUCAAAGCGGCCUGCCUCGACAUACUGAUUUUGCGGAUCUGCACGCGCUACACUCCGGAUCAGGACACCAUGACGUUCUCGGACGGUCUGACGCUCAACCGGACGCAGAUGCACAACGCCGGCUUCGGCCCGCUCACCGACCUCGUGUUCGCCUUCGCUAAUCAGCUGCUGCCGCUGGAGAUGGACGACGCGGAGACGGGCCUGCUCAGCGCCAUCUGCCUGCUCUGUGGAGAUCGUCAGGACCUGGAGGAGUCGGACAAAGUGGACCUGCUGCAGGAGCCCCUGCUCGAGGCGCUGAAGAUCUACGUGAGGAGGAGGAGGCCUCAUAAACCACACAUGUUCCCCAAAAUGCUGAUGAAGAUCACAGACCUCAGGAGCAUCAGCGCUAAAGGGGCGGAGCGAGUGAUCACGCUGAAGAUGGAGAUCCCCGGCUCUAUGCCGCCGCUCAUCCAGGAGAUGUUGGAGAACUCUGAGGGUUUGGAGGGCAGCAGUAUGAAUCCUCCAGGCAGCUGCAGCCCGAGUCUUUCUCCCAGCUCCAUACACAGCAGCCCAUCGACACACUCACCCUGAAUCUCGCUCUGUCUCUCUCUUACACACACACUUACACACACACACACACACACACACACACAGGCAUGCUUACCCUGAAUCCGCUGCUCCACGACUCAGGAACCACAGAGUCUCAGAGUCAAAGAGACGGGUUUUAGGACAAUAACAUGCAACGUGGCUUAACACGCACACACACACACAGAGAGGCUGAGCCUGAGUCACACUCGCAUUACAAGCAAGGUGUGCGCAUCUUCGGAGGAACUCGCGAGGUACCGAUCCGAUCUACAGCAGCUUGCACGGCCAGGGUUCUGACCCAUUCUGAUCUCAUCCCGGGACGAGGAUUCUAAUCGGCGACGUCGAGAAGGACGCGGGUUUGCGGACGUACACGUUCACGCGCCUGGGAGACACGCCUUCCGGUCUGCGUGCGCACUCCACAGGGACGAUUUGACGAACGUGGAAAGAGACACGGGACGUCCCAUGUCCGAAAGUCAUCAGGGACAUUUUAUUUUUUCUUUUCCUUCCUCUUCGUGUGUUUGUACGUUUGUUUGUUUUUUUUCUUACAAGAAAAGAUAUAUGAAUAUAUGAAUAUCUUAUAUAUUGACAGGAAAUGAGAACAUUCUGAACUUGUGAUGAUGCAGGAAAAAAAAACAAAAAACAAAACAAAAAAAACAACAAAUCUCACGUCAACUCUUCUUUAUUCGUCCCAAGAGUUUGAUCUAGUUUAGUUCUGCUCAUUGUCUCACUUCACAGCGGAAGAUGAUUGUUGUGGUUGUUAUGGUGAUGUUCUCACGCGCGUUUCACUCAAAACAAAACUCACGUUCACGGUUCGUCCUGGCGGGGAGGGUAAGAAAUUAUUAUUUUUUUAAAAAAGCGUAGCUACUAAAGAUGGGAAGAAUUUUUUAUUUUAUUUUAAAUUCUUUUAUGUGGCAAGUCAUGUAUCACCACACCAACUUUAAAAUUCAUUCUCUUAUAUAAGUUUGCUAAAAUUUGUUAUAUGUUUGCAUAUGAGGUUGCAGUUCCUGUAUACUCCUGCAGGUGGUGCUAACAACUAUUCACACUGUUCAGAAUUGAAACAAAAUCUGGAGAAAAAAAACGUACAUCUACAUUAAAUCGUAAUUCCCAACACACUUGGACUCCCGUCUCUAGUAGCUACACGCGGGAAAUCUCUUUCACCGAGUCGUCAUGAUGAUGGAGUCCUGAUUAAAGAGUGAAUAGUGCUGAAAAAAAAGAUCUAGAUUUAAGGGGUGGACAAAUUAUUCAUUAAAAGUAUUAUUAUCUAGCUGCAGUGUAUGUUCGGUCUUUUAUUCCGCGGUUGAGGGUAAAAAAAAAUUAAAAAUCGCGGCUAAUGUUAUUAUAUAACAUACGGCUGGCGAGGCGAACAAAUGCGUAGCCACCUUUUACCAAUUACUAUAAAUUUUAUUUGUUUUUUGGUUUGUUUUUGUUUUUAUUUUAGUAAUGAAGUCCGAGGCUACCGGUUUGUCCACCCCUGACAACCAAAAUCCUUUAAAGUUUAGAUUCCACACACUUUCACAGUGCAAUCGAAUCUGUAAACCCAGAGAGAAUUAUUGCACUGCCUCAUUUACACAACCACGACACUGCCUCGGGUUUUUUCUUCAUCAUCCGUCACCACCUACAACACCACUGCCUCCGUGAGACAAUCACUUUUCCCCCGUAGCAGCGCCCCCUAGACCCCCCCCCCCCCCUCCCUCCUGUGGGGAAGACGCAGAGCGAAGCUGGAGACGGGGACCGAACGUCAAGCGAGUGUGUGAAAAAAAGAGAAUUCGGUCGAUUUGUCUCCCUACGAGAUGUUGCUGCAAAUGAACACCAGACUGGCCUUUGAACUCGUCGUCCGAUCCGCUGACGCGCCAUCCUCGCUACAAACUCGCGGCGAUCCGGUCCACGUGUCGCUUCCCUCCGAUUCAGCUUAACGAAUUAUCACUGUAACCGUGUGCAAUACCUCUUCCAAGGAAAAAAAAAGAAAAGAAAGCAAAAAAGAAAAAAAAAAACCCAAUCAAAUCAAGACGCUCGAAAGACUUCCACGUUUCACUUCGACUAUGCACGCGACUUGCACGGAAACUCGAACUGCAACGUGUUCGGCUUCCUCUGGACUUCCUUUUCGUGUUUCGUGAGCGUGACGAUGUAAGGACACUGCCCGAAAACUUUCACUGCCAACGAGCCACAAUCAUUUCAAACAUCUUAAAAGACAGUUUAUCAGACUCACACGGCAUCUGGCACAAAGGCAUCGAUCUGUCCUCUUCUGUUCGGUUCUGUACGGUUCUGUUCUGCUACAACACCUUGUUACUCAUUCAAACGCACAAACAUUGUUUCUCUUGUACCAUAAACUGGAUGAUGAAAAUAAUCUUUAUUAAAGACUGAUGUUUUGUGUGUGUUUCUGA